UUGCCGUCACUCAUUGCGAUAAAAACCGCCAAUUGAUAACAGAAAAUCAAUAUUUUCAGUUUUUGUGUGUCAAUCAUCACGUAAAGUUCGAUAUUUUCAAUAAAAUGUCCUACAAUCCCGAUGAAUAUGUCACUCCAUCAUGGAUGGAUGAGAAAUUUUUCGCACAUGCAUUGGGAAAAUUCGAACAUGAUCCUGCCGUGAAAAUUAAUUCGUUGGAUUUUAAGCCUGCCACGAAGGUUGGAGAUCAUUUUGCUUCCGUGAUGUAUCGAGUGACGGCAGAAUAUGACAUCCCAAAGUACCGAAAAACGAAUGUCAAGCGCGUGAUGAUCGUCAAAACGCUUCCAUUUGGGAACACACGGAAAGCGGAGAUGUUGAAAGAUGCUGUGAUCAUUUUCCAAAUCGAAGGUCGCAUGUAUUCGCAAGUAAUUCCGGAAAUGGAAAGGCUUUUGAAGAACGCCGGAGAUGAUUUCAAAAUGGGACCAACUUUGAUUUAUCAAUCACUUGAGCCCGCACCAGUCAUUAUCUUGGAAGAUAUUUCAUUAUUUGGCUAUGAAAUGAUAAGAAAACCUGCUGAUUUUGAUGGCACUCUGCAAAUUGCACAAAAAUUAGCGAAAUUUCAUGCUACUUCGAUGUACAUCAACGCGAAUGACAUGGAUUUAACGACAUUUUCGGAUCCAUUGAUAGUCAUGACUCCAAUUGGACAACCAGGUUUCUUGGAAAAUAUGAUAUUUCCGGCAAUGAAAGGCGUCCUUGAGUCAUUGAAGAAAUGGCCUGAUAACGAAAUUGUCGUUGAAAAAGUCGAAAAAGCUCUUAAAAAGUUUAUCAAACAGAUGAAAGAUGUGUACAAGGGCAAAACUGAACCGAUUUAUAAAGUUCUGAAUCACGGAGAUUUUCAUUUUAAAAAUAUUAUGGUGAAAAAAAUAGCUGAAAGUGAAUCGUUUAAUGAUCUUUUAGUGUUCGACUACCAAAUAUGUCUUUGGGGAACUCCUGCCAUUGACCUCAGUUAUCUCCUUUUCAAUAUGGCAAAUAUUGAUGCUCGUGCCAGACGUGAGGAAAUUAUCCAAUAUUAUUACAACGAAUUUGCAGCAACUCUCAAAAAAAUUGGAUUUCUCGGAAAAAUUCCUUCAUUGUUGGAUUUGAACUUAGAAAUUUUGAAAAAUGGAGUUCUUGAAACUUAUCACGUAUUUUCAAUGAUCCUUUUACAAUUUAUGGAAUUUGCGAAAGAAAACAUGUCUGAAGAUCAGUCGCCUGUACAAAUGGCAGCGAUGUUCCAUAACACAAUUUACCAUCCGGACUAUCAAGCCAUCUUAAAAGCUGAAAUUCCUCGUAUGAUCGGCUUAGGAAUCCUGGCUUGCACAAUGUCAAAGUGGUUGGAUCAGGAAUUUUUCACGAAAGCUCUUCGUGCGGCAUACGACGAUCCCAAUAUCGAGGUCGGGCAAAUAUCCCUUCGAGUUGGCACGCAUGAUGGCGAUAAUUACAUCAGUUCCGUGUAUCGCUCGAUCUGCUCUUAUCGUUCGCAGAACAAAAUUACGCCACAUUUGGAGAUGAUUGUCAAAUUAAUUUCCCCGAAAAUGUCGCCGUCGUUGCAGGAUGAGGUCCCGUAUCACGUAGAAACGACCAUGUACAAAGAAAUUGUGCCGGAAAUUGAAAAACUGUUGAAUGAAAGUGUGACGCCCCGCUUUUUGUAUGCCACAAAAAAGCCAUAUUACGCAAUUGUCAUGGAGGAUGCCUACCAAAUUGGGUAUAAAGUUGUCAAAAUUCGACAUGAGCUGCAAGAUACUUACGUAAUAGCGGAAAAACUCGCUAAAUGGCAUGCUGCAACGCAUUUUUUGGCCAAAACGGGAAUGGCGGAUAAGAUGCAAAAAGUUUUCAAACGAGGAUUGUUGACUCCCGACAAUGAUGGCUUCAAAUUUAUCGUAAAUACCUUGGAUACGUUCAUCGAUGUCACGAUCCGUUGGGACAAUUUUGAUCCGUUUGUGCAAAAAUUGACGAGUUUCCGCAGCAAAAUUUGUCAGUACUCAAAAUGCCUCUACGAGAACAGUAAAAAUGAUAAAUUUUUGGUUUUAAAUCAUGGCGAUUUGAAUUAUCACAAUUUUUUGGUCAAAUAUGAGGAGGGACAGAAGAAUUUAGCUGAUGUGAUCUUUAUCGAUUUCCAAUGGAGCAUUUAUGGAACAGCCGCUAUCGAUCUCUAUAACUUACUUUUCCUCGUCACCACUGACGAGGCACGUGCUUGUCGGAAGCAAAUUCUCAAGCAUUAUCACUCCAUCUUCACCCAAACCCUCAAAAACAUCGGAUAUUCCAAGGCAAUCCCUACUUUGGAAGACUUGAACGACGAAUUAGAGAAAUACGAGUUUUUGGAACUCAUUAUGGCAAUUUGUGUGAUGCCAUUUUUCUUCGCAGGAGACAUCAAUAAGAAAGAAAAUGACGAAAAUGCAGCAAAAUUUGAUCCAGAAUUGCGGAAAAAGAUCUUCCAACUGCCGGAAUUCAAGAAAUUCAUCAUCCCAUUUUUAGAAAAUUACUUUAAAGAUUGUCGUGCAAAAGACGGCCUAUCAUCAACUUUUAUCAUCAUGUCGGAGCCCGGAUUAGAUAAUUGCCCGACAAUUGAGUCAAAUUGGAUGAGCGAUGAUUAUUUUCAAAAUGUUCUCACGUCACAUUUUGCGGAAACGGUCAAAAUUUUGUCAACGGAUAUCAAGCCAGCAGCGAAAAAAGGCGAAAAUUUCGCAAGUUGUGUUUAUCGCAUCACCUUAAAGUAUCAACGUGAGUCAUCAAAUGAUGCGGAAACGAUCUCCUUGAUCCUCAAGACAAACUCCUCGAAUGCCGCUGUGCAGGAAGUUAUCGAGGAAUUUCAAGUGUUUGAACGAGAAUUAACGACGUACAAAGAAGUUCUCGUCGAAUGCGAAAAAUUAUUAAAUUCCCACGGCGAAACUUUAAACUUUAGUCCUUUUUUGGUGUUUGCCGAUGCAGAUUCGCUCGUCUUUGAAGAUGCAACAGCGAAGGGAUAUGCCACAAUUGAUCGUCGUAACCGCUUGGAUUUGGAACAUUGCAAAUUAUUCUUGGCUAAACUUGCGAAAUUCCAUGCCGCAACUGCUGUUCUCUACAAAAAGAAUCCCGAUUUCUUCCGGUAUCACAUGCAAGGCGGUUUAACGGAAAUGGAGACGCCAUAUCAUGUCUUCUUUCGUACCGUUAUCAGUGAAUUUUUGAACACAGUAGUCAAAAAGGAGGCAUCUCUCGAACCAUUUAUCGAUGUCAUGACGGAAUUUGCGGAAAAUAUCAUCGAAAAUAUGAAGAAAAUCUUCACUCGUACGACGGAAGAGUUUCAUGUGCAGAACCACGGAGAUGCCUGGAUGAACAAUAUGCUGUGGAAAAAUGAUGAAAACGGAAAAUUAUGCGAUUUGUUGGUAAUUGAUCAUCAGGAAGGAUUUUACGGAUCACCUGGAAUUGAUUUGAAUCAUUUUAUUAACACGUCAUGCAAUUUAGAAGUGCAAAAAAAUCAUGUGAAAGAACUUAUUGAACAUUAUCAUGAAGCUCUAAGUGCAAUAUUGACGAAAUUAGGAGCAAAAUUCAUUCCAAGUGUAGAAGAUAUUUUCAAAGCUAUGCGAUCGAAAGUCGAUCAUGGAAUUAUAGUCACAGCAUGCAUACUCCCUUUAAUGUUGAUUGAAGACACAGACUUGGCAGAUCCAAAUAACUUCUUUAUCGAUACCGAAGAGACACGUGAAGCACGUUUUAAGAUAUAUACCAACCCGAAAUACGUAGAAAUAGUGCGAGAAAUCCUGCCAAAGUUGAUAAAAAUUAAGCAAACUGCCCUUUAAUGAUCAUUUCUUUGAUAAAAAAAUGUCAAG